UGGAGUCAGUCCGUUAGAGGAAGAUGUCUUCCCGAGGACACAUUGGAGAUCCUGAGUUUCUGACCAAAAGGAUUCCACAGAACCCAAAGUAUCAGCAUGUCAAGACUAGACUUGACACUGGUAAUAGUAUGACGAAAUACACUGAGAAACUAGAAGAGAUUAAAAAAAAUUAUAGAUACAAAAAAGAUGAGCUUUUCAAGAGACUGAAAGUUACAACUUUUGCCCAGUUGGUCAUCCAAGUUGCUUCCCUGUCUGAUCAACCACUAGAAGUGACAGCCGAAGAGAUUCAAAGGCUCGAAGAUCAUAAUACAGCGCUUGCCAUUCCUGAUGCUGAUGACAAGAUCAAUGGGAAAGGCAGUCCCAACGAGAAACCACCCAGCCCCAUCCAGUUCAUCAGCAAUGCUGGGGCUGGAGAAGGCUGCCGGUCUACGCUGCAGAGCGUCAUCAGUGGUGUUGGAGAACUGGACUUAGACAAAGAGUCACUGAAGAAAACGGAGCCCAACACUAAAGAUAAGCCUUAUCCCGAUUGUCCCUUCCUGCUGCUAGAUGUCCGAGAUAAAGAUUCUUACAAUCAGUGCCAUAUUGUUGGAGCUUACAGUUAUCCAAUUGCCACCUUGUCUAGAACCAUGAAUCCUUAUUCAAAUGAUAUUCUUGAGUAUAAAAAUGCCCAUGGCAAGAUUAUCAUCCUCUAUGAUGAUGACGAGAGGCUCGCCAGCCAAGCAGCCACCACCAUGUGUGAACGGGGAUUUGAAAACCUCUUCAUGCUCUCUGGAGGUCUGAAAGUUCUAGCCCAAAAAUUCCCUGAGGGACUGAUUACUGGGUCAUUGCCAGCGAACUGCCAACAAGCACCUCCUCCUGGGUCUGCCCGAAAGAGAUCCAGCCCCAAAGCACAGACUCUGUAUGCUGAGAAUAAAUGGAGAUUUUCCCCAGAAGAUUUAAAAAAGAUAGAAUAUUAUCUGGAAGAAGAGCAAGUUCCCCUGGAAACCCCUGGCCGAUUGAGCCGUGGCAAUUCCUCUGGACGGGAUACCAAGGUUCCAAGCGUCCGCAACAGUCAGAGCCUGCCUACUGGAAACAGUGUCAGCAACCUGAACCCCCGCUCAUUUAGUAGUGGCUACCUUCAGUGCAAACCCUGGAAGUAG